AGUGCUGGCGCGGCCCGCCCCGCGCCGCCCUCGCCGCCGCCCCCGCAGCCGCCAUGGGCAGGGAGCUGCCCCGCCGAGGCGCGCGGAGCCAAGGGGGGCCGCCGGCCUCUGACGCCGCCGAGCCCGACGACAUGGGGCCGAAGAGGGGCGCGGGGGCCCCCAAGGAGUGCGGGGAGGAGGAGGCCCGGACGUGCUGCGGCUGCCGGUUCCCGCUGCUGCUGGCGCUGCUGCAGCUGGCCCUGGGCAUCGCCGUGACCGUGGUGGGCUUUCUCAUGGCCGGCAUCAGCUCCUCCCUGCUAGUCAGAGACACUCCAUUUUGGGCUGGGAUCAUUGUCUGCCUAGUGGCCUAUCUUGGUUUGUUUAUGCUCUGUGUCUCAUAUCAAGUUGACGAACGGACAUGUAUCCAGUUUGCUAUGAAACUCUUGUACUUUCUGCUGAGCGCCUUUGGCCUGAUGGUCUGUGUGCUGGCCGUGGCCUUCGCUGCUCACCACUAUGCCCAGCUCACCCAAUUGACCUGUGGAACCGCACUCGACGCCUGCCAGUGCAAACUGCCCUCCUCAGAGCCCCUCAGCAGGACCUUUGUGUACCGGGAUGUGACUGAUUGUACCAGCAUCACUGGCACUUUCAAACUGUUCUUACUCAUCCAGAUGAUUCUGAACUUGGUCUGCGGACUUGUGUGCUUGUUGGUCUGCUUUAUGAUGUGGAAACACAGGUACCAGGUCUUUUAUGUGGGUGUCAGGAUGUGUUCCCUGACGGCUGCCGAAGGUCAGCAGCCAAAGGUUUAACAUUCUUGCUGAGAGAUGGGAGAGAAAACAGCACCCUGACUAGCUGAGAUUCAAAAAGAAAAAAAGAAAAGGAAGGGAGAGAAAAUGAACUUUUGACAAUAACUAAUAUUCGCUGUUCUAAAUGAAUAUUUUUCUAUUUUUUCAGGAAAUGAAAGAACAUUUCUUCAGGUUUCCAUAGAGUUUUUAAAAAUUCUCCAGAUCCAAAGUGACUUAGGGAUAUUAAAGGAAGAUGGUACAGGGGAAGAAUGGUCUAGAUCUAGCCUUAGAGUCUGGAGUCUAUUCCUAGUAUUCAUUUUAUCUGUUACUUAUAUAAUCUUCUUCCCAUUCAGUCUGAUUUGGAUACAUUUGGGCACACUUGCUACCUUGUGUGGAAUCUCUCUCCAGGCUGUCCUACCUCCUGCCAUGAGCAUCACUACAACUCAGAGAAAGGUAGGGGUCUGGAGAGAGCUGAACAGCCAGGGUGAUUCUGUUUUCUCUGGCAGAGAUGUCUUCAAGGACUGAAACAGCUUAAAAGAGCAGAGUAGAAAAGGAAGAGAAUUUGCAAAAAGCUACAUAAUUAUAAACACCUGGGCUGGGGCGGCGGCCUUUUCUCCUCCUCUCUCGUAGUUUGAAUCUGUAAGCAGACCACUUGCUAAAUGCUUUAGAUGAUUGUGUUUCUCCAUAAUUGCAAGUUGGUGGUAGUUGUGUUCUUCAUGAUGUAGAAGGUUUAAAAAUAAUUACAUUAUGCUUCUAUUCUAUCAUCUAAAACAAAUCAUUAAAACUAAUUCCUAGCUAAUUGUUCUUUAUAAUUAUGCUCAGAAGUCUAUUUAAUGCGUCCUGGCUGUACUUACGUGGCACCAUCGGUAUUAGGGGAAAUGACUCUCACAAGAGAGGAGGCUUCAAGAUUCUUUCUUCGGAAAGCCCAGCUUUACAAAGGAGAAAAAAAAAUUUUUUUUAUUAAUAGCUCAGGUUAAAAAUACUCAUUUAAACAAAAACAAAGGCAUUUGUAAUGGGAAAUUUUAUACAAAUAGCACAUUCGUGAUAGGUUGCGAAGUAUCUCUUGGCAGCUAAAUAGUUUUGAGGAAGAUUGGGUAAUGCUGAUGUGUUCCAUUCGCAAAACUGUUAUCUGAUAUGAAAUCCUGUUAUUAGUUUGUAUGCACAGUCGACUAGAGACUUAAACUAAUAUUUUGAAGUCCUUAUUUGAACAUUUGGCCAUUGAUUCAGAGGGUAGUUUUUGUUUUGUUUUUAAGUGACUGUAACUUAAAAUGAGCACAAGUACCCUAUGGUGGGAGACUUUUCUUUCUAAUUAUUGUUAUCAUUAAAUUUGGAACAAUAUCAAUGUUUUAAGGUAGGGGCUUAGAAUGCAAAUUCACGUAGCAUAAAUGUUACUAAGACAUUUCUCUAUGAGUAUACUCUGCUAAAAGCAGAAACUCAAGAUAAUAAUUGAGCUUCACUUGCAUAUUGCCUACUGAUCUAUUUUAUUAAUCAGUCAAUUUCACUCUAAAAGAAAAUCCUUUCCUUGUUGCCUUAACAGUUAGAUGAAUAAUUCCAUCAGCUGUGAUGACAGUGUCAAUUAUUUCAUGAUAUAAAUAUCCACAUAAAAAGGGAAAUAGUUGGAGAAUCAUAAAUAUUUUUAUGCCCCCCAGAUAAAACACCUGAUUAACAGAUGUUAAAACCUUUUAAUGUAUUGUCUUGCUUUAAAAAUGGCCUUCCUACACACUAGCUCAGGCCAAAAAUACACAUCUGGGAGCUUAGUGGCUGAAUCUGGAGCAGAGGUUCGAUCACACACAAAAAUUACAUCAGCGAGAUACCAAGCCUCCUGAUAAUGACCUGAAAAAUACUUUGGGCCCUGUUGGAAAAAAAAAAAAAAUUCCAAUAACUGAAUCCAGUUUGAUUUUGACAGUUUCCUAUAUAAGAAAGAAAAUAACUGUCUGUCGUCUCUUCUUUAAAGAACGAAAAAUCAGUGCUUCAGUGCUAAUUACUGUGGAUCAGGCGCCAUUGGAAGCACACCUUGAAUACCUUGACCAAUUUUUUUAUAGCAAAUACUACACAUUCUCUCUAUCAGAAAAUUAAAGUCUACACAACACUAAGGUGCUCUAUGCUUUGCAAGUGAUUCACAGGGUAUUUUAAAUGGUAGAAUAACUCUAGCUUGGGUGCUUCCUUUUUCUAAAUAAUUCAACCAGUAAGAACUGCCAUGAUGUUAAGUUAGAAAAUAAUCAGGAAUAUAUGUAUAUAUGAUGAGCAUACAAUGAGGGUUUUGCAAUUGUGUGAUUAAAUCAUCCUUAAAUCCCUAAAGAAAGAAGAAAAGUCAUAAAUGAAAGACAGAACAAAAAAUACAAUGAAAAAAUUAAAAAGGAAAGAAAGAAAAGAUUUCUGUUCUAUAAACUCCCUGUGUAUUGAUACAUGUGAGAAUUGUGUUGCAUGAAUAACAAACUGCUUCAGGCUAGAUUUGAAGUAUUUUGAGGUUGUGUUUUGCAAAUAUUGAAGUUACAGUAAUGGCAACAGAAAAGGAACAGAUACACAGCUUUACACUUAGCAAAAUGUUACAUUUAAAAUCUGACAAGGAGCCAAGAGGGUGACUGUCUCUUCUAAACCAUAAAACAGUAAGAUUUGCUCAAUCCUCCUCCUCUUCCACCUCCUUCAGGAGAAUUAAAUGAAUCAAGACUUGGGAAGGAGGGGGAACAGCCGGGACUUGGCAGCACUUGAAAUAGGAGGAAUACAGCAGCCGAAAUGUGCAGACUUUGUAACCAAGCCCACCAGAUCGGUCUGUGCCUUCACGUGACCACCAUCUGUGCCUCCCUUGAUCUAUCCAAAUUUGUGUAGGCAGCUCCUUGGAGCCAUUCCUAAAAAUAUAGCUGCACCAGGCCCUAGAAACUGUAGUCAAGCAACAGGCUUAACUUUUUUCCCUCCUUAAGUUAAACCUCCAUACAGUUUCUUUGGAGGGGUUUCCAGCUGCCAACGUCGGGUGUGUUCUGACAGCGAGAACCCAUUAUAUGUGUGUUUUCUAUUUGUGUCUAGGACAUCAGAAUCUGUUCAUAUUCUUGUACUUCCUCUCUUGCAUGCACUGUAUCCGGAAUAUGUUUAUAGGGGUUUUUUUGGUUGUUGUUGUUGUUUUUAGUAAAGGGUGGGGUAGGGGUACCCAAGGGUUCAGCAGUAGAGCGGUUAAUGAUAAUCUGAAAUCAUGAAAAGGCAACUUAAAAGUUGCCCUGAAAAACCAAUCACAUCCUAUCAUGAAGCAUCCCUUUACAUUUUCUAGUAAUUGUCAUUGAACCAUUGCUGUAAGGGCAUCCAUUUCUGUAAAUCAUACUGGCCCUCAACUCUUACUGUACUUGAAGGACUUGAUCAUGUUUUUAGAUGUACGCUGUCUCUUCAGGGUACUGCAACAAAGAGCUGAUGUCCACAUAUAUUCACUCAGAGUAGAAAUAUCCAUUUAGAUAAAGGCUCAGUGGAGCAGCCUGUGACAUGGAUACCUGGGUUGGUUUCUUCUAAUUUUCUAGUAUUUUAUUAUCUCAAAUGAUUAUCCCCUUCAAAAAUACUGGCCUGUACUUUGGUAUCGUGGUCUUGUUCUUCUGGCAUUGAGGGUAUCAUGAGCAGAAAACAAAGUAUUUCCUACAUGUGUGAGAUGGUUGUUUUUAAGGGGAUGUAUAUAAUGCAGAUCUUCUUUGUUAAUAAAAUGUUUAUAAUCUCUGAAAA